UGAGGCAUCUUCAGGGCCGUGGUUGAGUGCGGGGGCUGUUUGAGAGGAUCCUAACUGGGGCUAGCCGGCUGGCGAUACGUCUCUUCUUGCGUCUCAGGAAAAGCUAAAGAUGGCCGAAUUUCUAGAUGACCAGGACACUCGACUGUGUGACAACUGGUGAAAAUAUGGAACGUGAAUGUUUGGUGGUCUUACCUGACAGCUGCUUUUGAUUCUUGCUUCUUCAUUGUAUUGUGAUGAUACGGUCCUUAAUAUUUUGGUGACCUUGUGUAUACAGAGUGCUUUAUGUCAACAGGUUAUCCUGGACAGCCCUGUGAAAUAAAAACUAUAGACAUUUUUUUGCUAUUUAAAGAAAACUAUUGUCAAAAUAAUGAAAAAGAGACCCAGAAUCUCUGUGCACCUUAAUCAGUAAUUACUGAUUAUAAUUGUUGUCUUUUAACCAUUUUAUGACAUUGUAAUGAUAAUCUUUAUGCUUAAGCCCAAGAGCAGGAUUACUGGGUUAAACAGUAUAUAAUUUUUUGGUUCUAAAAACACAGUUCAGGCUAGUUUUAAUCAGUUUAUACUACUUAAACUAUUGAUACUUCGUGUAUUAGCUAGUUUCACUAUAUCUUCAACAGUGGAAUUUACUAAUUUUAAUUUUCACUAAUUUAAUAGGCGUAAGUUGGUAACUGAUUUCCACUUAUUUUAACAUUUUACAGUUUUUAAAAAUUUUAUCUGAAUUAAAAACCAGUGGUUUCCUUAGGAGGCUAGGAAUUUGGGGGAAAUGUGGAAAGUUAACUCUGUCAAGUCAUUGGUAGUUUUCUCUUUUUCCAUUUCAGUUUCUUUCCCAUCUCUUACAGUUCAUUAUUCUUUUGUCACCUUCCAGUUUUGCUGCGAGAACCGCUUUGGGGUCCUGAGCCUGUUAGUUGCACCAUUGGAUGACAAUGAAUUUGCAUUUUUUGGUGUCUUGCUUGGUCUUUCAGACUGGGAGUAUGACUGGCUGGAGGCACAUCAGUCAUCCUACUUUGAAAUGUUCCUUAGACUAUGUAUGAAGAUUAAAACUGUAAAUGAGAAAUAAGCCAAUAACAACUUAGUGUGAGAGAGGGUCCUGCAGUAUUCAGCUUCAGAGGCAAAAUAGGAUAUUAAAGAUUUGUUGUCUGACGAUCCUGUUCAGUAUCUUAUUUUUCUGGAAUUUUAUUUUAGGUGACAUGCUUUUAGGCACAAUCUUUUAAUGCAGUCUAUAGCUGGACUGUGAGGUUGGGGUUUUCUGGUGGUCAUAGCCAAGUGAGUAAAAGGCAGGCCUUGGAAUGCGACGUGCCUCUAGUUGGAGUAUAUUGCCUUUUCAAGUUUAGGUGGUCUUACUCUUUCACUUAAGAUUAUCACUUUCAUUUUGUCCCCUUCUUUUCUGCAAGUUGGAUAUGAUCUUUGAUUGGAUCCCUUAAACUAAAGGAGAAUGGCAGAAAGUGUGAGGAGACAGGACUGGGGGAAGGGGUUCAGGACUCUGUUUUAUACAGUUCUGUGGACCAGUAUCCAGCCUGCUUUGAAAAGCAUAUGGGACAUAAAGGAGGGAAUUUCCCUUCCCCUUUGAUUAUCCCAAAAGCUGGUGGCUGCUCCUAUUAGUUCUUUCUGGUUUGAUUUUUUUAUAGAAUAAAAUCCAAUGAGAUUAUGCUGUUUAAAAGUGAGAGUGAAAAUAAAUGGUAGUCUGUGGUUUUUUUGUUUUUUUUUUUAAUAUCACGGAGUGCAUCAUUCUGCUUUGGAGCAUGGAUAGUUCUGGAAAAGCCUCGCUCAGCUCUCCUCUGCAGCUGACUUGAUGUUGUUGUUGUGGUCAGCUCUGACUUCUAGAAGCAAGAGAGAAAUUCCUGUGUUUAACUUUACCAUCCAUGAGAUCCACUGUCAAAGGAACAUUGGUAUGUGUCCUGUCUGCAAGGAACCAUUUCCCAAAUCUGACAUGGAGACUCACAUGGCUACAGAACACUGUCAGGUGACCUGCAAAUGUAACAAGAAGUUGGAGAAGAGGCAGUUAAAGACGCAUGAGGAGACUGAGUGCCCUCUGCGGCCUGCCCUCUGUCAGCACUGUGAUUUGGAACUUUCCGUUAUCAAACUAAAGGACCAUGAAGAUUACUGUGGGGCCAGGACGGAGCAGUGUGGCAAUUGUGGGCGCAAUGUCCUGGUGAAGGAUCUGAAGACACACCCUGAAGUUUGUGGGAGAGAGGGGGAGGAGAAGAGAGAUGCAGUUGUCCUGCCACCUAAUGCAGAUGAUGAGCCUUGGAGUCAGGAUGGAAUGUGGAUCGCAUCCCAUCUCCUCAGACAGAUUGAGGCUCUGGACCCACCCAUGAGGCUGCCCCGGGGGCACCUGAGAUCCUUUGAAUCGGACCUUAUCCACAGUAGGACUACCAACCAAAGGAACAUGACAACCCGGUUUCCAAUUCAGAAUAAUCUGCUUGAAGAACAAGAAAGGCAGGAGAGGAAUAGAAGCCGCCAGCGCCCCAAAGAAGGUGGUGAAGAGAGUGCAAACUUAGACUUCAUGUUGGCCCUAAGUCUUCAAAAUGAGGGUCAGGACCCCCACGUGGCAGAACAGGACCUCUGGAGGGCCAUAUAUGAGGCAGACCGGUCCCGUGGAGGGCCCAGUGCUCUGAGUGACAUAAAGGGUGCAGCUGGCGAGACCAUGUUGCCCUGUGAAUUUUGUGAGGAGCUCUACCCGGAAGAACUGCUGAUUGACCACCAGACUAGCUGUAACCCUUCAUGUGCCUUACCUCCGCUCAGUAUGGGCAGCUCUCCCCCCAAAGUGGUGGACGACCCCGAUGACAUCUUCCAGAAGUUUCUGCAGCAGACUAACCAGUUAGAGUCUUUGAUGGGCCUGCCCAGUUCACCCCCCGUGGAAGACAGCAUCAUUAUCCCAUGUGAAUUCUGCGGGGUGCAGCUGGAAGAGGAGGUGCUGUUCCAUCACCAGGACCAGUGUGACCAACGCCCAGCCACCGCAAACCACCAUGUGACGGAGGGGUUUCCCAGACAGGAUUCCCGGCCUCGAGAGACCUCACCAGAGCUGCCCAGGAGGCGUGUCAGACACCAGGGAGACCUGUCUUCCGGCUACAUAGAUGACAUCAAGCAGGAAACGGCUAAAGGGCCCACCUACCCUCUGUCCCCCAGCAGACCCAUUAACAAUAUGACAGCUACCUGUAACCGACUGUCAGAGCCUGGGUGCCAGCCCAGCCCUUCUCGCAUACUGAAGCUCAACAACUCGGACAGCCGGGGACGGAAUCGAAACAGCCAUAAUGGGGCCAUGGCCCCUGGGCAUGUGCCAGAAAACCUUAUGCCCUCCUCCCCCCGACGGCCUGCAGGGAGAAACGGAGCGAGUGGUAGGAGUGAAGGUGGCAGGAACUCCCGGGUCACCCCCACAGCUGCCAGCUACCAUAAUCGAACUGCAAAGGCGAAAAGCCCCAAGCAGCAGGGAGCUGGGGAUGCAGAGGAAGAGGAGUAGUGAAUGGUGUCUCCGAGAACCCUCCCCUGGCUCCUGUCUUCUGUGCAUAGCAGCACUUGCCGCCGUACAGGUCCUGCCUCUCCAGCUCUUUGGGCAGAGAUUUUACGGAUUUUAACUUUUUCUAGGUUAUGGCCAUUUUGUGUCUUUUGAGAUUGUGCUGUGGGAGUUUGGGGGUCUGAGGGAGGGUCAGCGGGGAGGCUGUUGAAAAUGUUUCAGCUUUAGCUGCCGCCUUUCGGCAGCAGUUAUGUCCUCUCCGCCUGCCAGGGUCCAUCUUUUGACAUUCUGUCACCACUGCUUCUUGGUGCUGUGAGGCCCUGGUGGGAGGUAGCAGGGGUUCUUCUCUGUGGGGGCUGAAAUGUGGGGGCUUUGGAGUAACUUCUCACCUAUACUUCCCCUUCCCACUCUAGAAUUUUGACCUCUGGUACGUGGGGAGGAGCUCUGGCAGUGUUCAGGCCAUUUGCAGUAUGUAAGUUAGAAACCAGGCUUUUGGAGAUGAGUUGAACUAGAGGUGAAUGGACCAGGGGCUUUGUUUGAAGCUGCUUCCUUGGCAUUUGGCAUCGCUGCCUUGGGUUCCUGGUGGGGAGCACAGCUCCUGUCUUCACUGUCCCCUAGUGGUGAAGGCUGGGCGCUCCCUGUCCCCGUCUGGGCCGUGCUGGGUUCUGCCCUGAGCAGGACUGAGGCCUCAGCCCCAUGGCUUGCCCUGAAAACCAAGUGUCAGAGCCCCACACCCUCUUUUUAUUUCACUAUUAUUAAUGUCCUUGUAAUAAAGUUUGUACGUGGAGUUCAGCUGAGCCUCAUGAUUCCUUCUCCUGUGUGCUCUGUGGAAACUUCCAGGAGGCCAUAGUGGGUGGGAUCAGCCCUGGGCGUUGGUGAGCAGGAAUGGUCUUUCUAGGGGUUUCCUAUAACUAGCAGAUCCAGCAUAAGCUGCUUCUUCAGGGCCACCAGACAUUCAAGGUGAAGUGUCUCUUCUCUCAAAUGGGACUUUUGAGGAGACUGCCAGGUUUGCAGCAGCUCUGGUGAUGAUUUGGGGAGGGGAGCUCCUGCCAACUGAAGAGAGAAAAGCAAAUUCCUCAAAAGUCUCAGUCCUGAGAGUAGCUGAGUUCUCCAUUACCUCUCAGCACAUCAGAGCUUAUCAAGACCAUCUAGCACCUGAGGUCAUUUUGAGCUUCCCAGCAGCCUUGGUGGGGGGUGGGGAGGGCAGGAAGAAUUCUCCCGUUUCACAGCUGGAACAUGAGGCCCAGGGAACCUCAGUGACUUGCCUGAGGCCGUGGAGCUCAUUCGUGGCAGAGCGAGCAUCACAUCCAGCUCUGAAAAUGGUUUCACUGAGUGAAAGAAGCCCCCCCCCCCCAAAGAAAAGUGCACACUGUGCGAUUACACUUUAUUACAAUUAUACUUACAAUAAAACAAAGUCACCAGGAGUUGAUUAGUUCAGACAGACCCUUAUGUGUCAGGUGAAAGGUGCCAGGAGGAGUGAGACUUGCCUGCAGCUGGCACCAUCGCAGUCCCAGGGGACUGCAGAGGUGGGAGGAGGGCUCCAGGGCAGCAUGAAUUGGCCUGUUCCCAGUGGGCAGAGAAUAGUUCUGUUGUCGCCUAACUUUGUCUUCUGGGCGGGAGAGGGACCUGAGUAAAAGUAAAACCUUGGUUUCCCCCCUCCUUUUGCUUUAGAUUAGACACUGAGUGUAUCUUGUGAUUUUGAUUUGCAUUUCCCUGAUGACUGAUCAUGAGCAUCUUUUCAUGUGCUUAUCGACCAUUUGUAGAUUAUCUUCCUUGGAGAAAAACUAUUUAGAUGCUUUCCUCAUUUUUUAAUUGUGUUAUUGGUCUUUUUAAUUACCGAGUUGUUAGAGUUCUUUAUAUAUUCUAAACACAAGUCCUUUAUUAAAUACAUGAUUUGUAAAUAUU